GCCCCCUAGCCGCCUAGCCCUUUUUCCUUCGGGCUUGUCAUCAUGGCCAUGACUCUUGUUUCCUGCGCGCUCCUGGUACCAGGCUUCCCGGCGGCGCACGUGGCGGAGAUUGGUUCCAAGCGCAAUAGCGCCUUCAAGCUGCUCUCAAAGCUGCGCACUCGCCAGGGCCGACGCAAGCUGGGCCGCUUCUUUGCCGAGGGCGAGACCUUUCUCCGAAUGCGGCCGCGGGGGGUCUUCGUUCGGAAGAGCCGGUGGAAGCAGGAGGGGCUGGCGCAGAUCCGGCAGCAAGUGCUGGAGGGAGCGGAAGCGCCUGAAGCGCCCGCUGCUAGGCCGCUCUUCUGGGGCGGCGGCGUGCCGGAAGACGACGGCGCCGCAGCAAGGCAGGCCAGCUACGCGGUGCUGGAGAACGAGCUCUUCGAUCAAAUCUCCACUCAGGAGAAGUCACAGGGAGUGCUGUGCGUCUUCGGCAUGCCGUUGGACACGGCUGUGAGCAAGGUGACGAGCUCAAAUGUGGUGGUGCUGGAUGGCGUGGAAGACCCCAACAACCUGGGAGUCAUCCUUCGAACCAUGGAGGCCUUUGGCUCCAGGACAUUGCUGGUCACCAAGGGCACUGUGGACGUCUUCAAUCCCAAAGUGGUGCGCUGCUCUAUGGGCGCAGCGGUCCGCGGCCGCGUGGAUGUCGCAGAGGUCUUGGCCUCUGAGUUGCGGCCGAUGCUGCGGGGCUACCGCCUCUUCUCCACUCGCCUGGAUGGAUCUCUGCCGUCCACGCGGCUCCAGGAGCGCCUCACCGGGCGCGACGCCUUCCUGUUUGGCCAUGAGGCUCGGGGCUUGUCGCGAGAGCUGCUGGAUCUGGCGGAUGAGCACGUUCGCAUUCCAAUGUCUCCACAUGUGGACUCUCUGAAUGUGGGCGUUGCGGUGGGCGUGCUGCUGCAUUCCACACUGAAAGGUUGAUUCCGACCUUUGGUCUUCGACUCCGACCUGAUCGGCUCUGCGCGAUUUGCUCGUUGAUCGGCUCCGCACAGCCUUUGAUCCUGACCUGGGAAGAAUGGUGGCGUGGGAUAUCCUGACCCUUUCUCACCUUUGUCAGGUAAAACAUGGGAGUGUGGGAUAUUGCGCCACACACCAUGCGACAUAGAGAUCCAAAGUGCCUUGCUUUUUUUUAAGCGGCAAAAUCACGACCAACGCUUCUGGCGAGAUAGAGAGUGAAUGGAA